ACUUCCUGUGUCCGUUAACGAGGAUAAAUAACGAGUGAACAACCUGGAAACAUUUUGAGGUUCAGCAGCGUUUCUCUUUAAAAGGGGAGGACGGUCCGCGGUCUCACGGUCAGAGUCCAGUUCAGAGACAUUCAGAGGUUUUCUGGUGGAUCGCGGUGAGUCCCGAACGUUGGUUUUGUUGGAGUUCACCUUUAAGAUAAGAAUCUGUCAGAAUGGAUGCAGAGUAUCACCAGUUUGGGUCACCUGACAGCAGCCCGGGCCAUGCAGGCGACAGAACGACGCCACGGACAGGUCUGAGGAGGAUGGUGGGAUACGUCCUGUACGGAGUCCUCGUGCUGCUGCUGUUGAUCCUGCUGAUGGUCACCGGGAUUAAAUUCACUCAGGUAAAUCAGGAGAUCUCUGGCAUCAAACUUCACCUGGAGAGAAUCGGACAAGCGUCUUCAGGUGUGACCGUGCAGGUGAAGAAACUCGUCCCUGUUAAAGGAACGUGUCGCGAGCGCUGGGUGUCCUUCCAGAGAAGCUGCUACCUGCUGUCCACCAACGCCGUCACCUGGAACGAAGCCGAGAAGCAAUGUCAGACACUUGGAGGACACCUGGUGGUCCUGAACAACGUGGAGGAACUGGACUACCUGUCAGGAAUCGUUGAAGUCCACUAUAACUACUGGAUCGGACUGGUGGAGCGGGAACACGAGGGACACUGGAGCUGGGUGGACGGGACCAACUUCAACUCAACCGCAACUUUCUGGGAUGACGGUCAGCCGGACGACUGGGACUACAGGGUGAACGGAGAGGACUGCGGGCAGCUUCACGCCUCCGAGGUACGAAAACGCAAGCUGUGGAACGACGCGGCGUGUAACCUGAAGUAUCAGUACAUCUGUGAAACCACGGCGUGAGAGGAAGACUGAAGCCUCAUGGGAAAUGAUGUUUGUAAUCACGUGAUCAUAUGAAGAGCUUCUGUAUGUGUGAGGCAAUAAAACAUGAAUAUGA